CACGUGUUUAACACGUGGUCAAACCACGUGGUCAAACUAAGCACAGCCGUUUACAUAUAAUGACAUGGCUAACUUUGCCAUUAAACUUUUCUUUUUAAUCACAGAUUUUUGAGUACAGACACUAGACCAAGCUAUUUACAAUCUAUAUGCACAAGUUUAAUAAUAGUUGAUGUCAUGGACUGGAAUGGGACAGAACAGAGCACCCAGUCUGAUGACCAACACACAGAAAGCAGUGAAUGUGUGGACGCGAGAAAUACAAGUGAUGCAGACAAAGCUGAGAAUCAGGUUGUUAACAUAAGCUUCUGCGGAUCUAAGCCUUUGCUGUGGAGGGCCGCCGACAUUAGAAUGUGUAGGGAAGAGGUCGGGGUGAUAGGGAAUCUUGUGGGGUCUCUGGCCAGACAGCCAAGGCAGAAUGUCAGACUGGGAAGACCACUGGAAAUCCUGCAGGAAGAGGCUCAGCUGCUGGUGGAGAUAGGAAAGGCGACUACUGUGCGACAUAAAGAGUUGUAUGAAAAUAAAGAAAGUCGUUCAAAGGCAGUUGAGUUGUACAAGGCCAGACUGGAGCAGAGUUAUAAGGAGCAGCGUGCUCUCGCACUGGAGGACAAGAAGGCUGUGCUGCAAAGAGUAAUGGAGGAGAAACGGAAUGAUCAUAAUGGUAAUGAGGGAGCAGAACAGGCAGUAAGAGAACGACUUGAAUCUUUGGAGAAGAGCUUCUCAUUCCCUCAUUCUGCCAUGGCUGUCCAACUCUGCACCGCUCGUGCCGGCUUCAGUCAUUGUCCCGAGGAACAUGCUUUCUUGGCUGCUGAUUGGCCAAUGCCUAGAGACAAGCACUCAGAGACAAGGUUCCAGGUUUAUAAGGAUCUUAGGAGGAAAGGUUUCUACCUGACUGCAGCAGGGAAGUUUGGGGGAGAUUAUCUCGUGUAUCCAGGUGAUCCACUCCGUUUUCAUGCCCACUUCAUUGCCCUAUGUUUGCCUAUGGAUGAAAAGUUACCAGUCUAUGAUCUUCUUGCUAUAGCAAGACUUGGAUCCAAUGUAAAGAAAACAGUGCUACUUUGCUCACCACAGGAUUCCAGGGACAGAGUAGAUGACACAGAAGUGGACAUUGUGUAUUCAUCUCUGCAGUGGAGUGGAAUAGUAUAGCAUACAUUGAGCGAUUAGACAGCAAUACUUUUUGUCUUUCAGGACUUAAUAAGCUGCUGAUGAACUGGGUCUGAUUAAAGAUGUGCACAUUUGUUUUGGAAUAAAAUCUCUUCAUUUUUCCAUA